CCGCGUUUGUACAAACAUCGGUGUAGUUUUAACGUUAAAUAUAUAUGAAUUAUUAUUUAUGUUUAAUAUUGAAUUUUAAUGAAUCUGUUGUAAAGGGUUCCAGCUGGGAAUGGAUCCGAUUUUAUCUCAUUCAAAAAAUGUCCUUUGCACAUUAAUCGAUAAGAAAGAUCAAACUAAGUACGUGUGUUUCAGACAGAAGGAGGCAGAAGGACUCUGUAUAGGACUGAGCAAUGGUGAAGAUGUUUGGAGAGCAGAUUUGUCAGAGGAAAUCCUCUCCCAGCUGAUGAAGAAGUUUUCAUUGAGGUCGACAGAAGAUUAUGCCCUAAAACUAAAGAGCGCCUGCAGGAGUGGCAGUGCUUUCGUCUCUCUGGACACUGAAAGUGCUGUGCUUCAUCUCGGCCCUGAACCUGCAGACCUGAAUGUGACUUUCACCAAACUCACAGACCUGGAGGCAAGAACUGAGCUCAAAGAUCUUCUCUUUAAAAUGGCAGACAGUCUGAUCCUGCAGGAGAACACAGGUGCAGCAUCUUCAUCAAGUCCUAUGAAAAACCCACAGAGGAGGAACAAUGGGUUUGAACCAAGGAAACAGUACACUGGCUCAACAGUUACAGCAAAGAAACGACUUCCCGGAGAUUCUCUUAUCAACCCAGGAACAAAACGGAAACGGGCUGCUACAGGAGUGGCUUUUGAUGACGACAAUGAUGACACAUGAAUCUUCUGAUCCUGACCACAGAAAAUCACCACUGCAAAUACUUUAAGCUUGAAUAUUAUUAUAUGUUUAUUGUUUUUAGAAAUAUUAAUUAUGAAUGAAGGAUUUUAAAAUAUGAUCAUGAAAUAAAUGUGAUUUUUAAAUCAG